AAGCUCGAGACAAACAAGCCUGUCGAGCGCGCCGAGCCUACACCCGGAAUGCAGGCUCUGAAGUCUGCUCGCUUCCUCGAGCUCAAAGAGGACGCCAAGUAUCCCGAUGGCUUCAAGUCGCCAAACCCGGCUCUCAACCAAGGUUCUCAGCGCGUGAAGGGUCGCGCCUACGACAAGGAUUUCUUGUUGCAAUUCCAAAACGUCUUCAAGGAGAAGCCAUCCGUCGACUGGGAUCAGAAGGUGAAGGACACUCUCGGACCAGGCGACGAGCCAGGCUCUGCGCGGGCCUCAUCUGCUCGCACUCCAUCCGGCAUGACCUCCAGAUCGGGCUCAGGACGCCCUGCACAGCCAGCUGCCAAUUUUGGUGGCGCGAUGGGAAGCUUUGCUGGACCAAUGGGCGCUCGCGGCACCACGUCCGAGCAGAGAUUCAUGGCAUCACAAGGGAUCGGCGGCGCCAUGCCCGGUCGCGCUCCCUCAAGUGGCAUGGGCGGACGCACUCCAAGCAGUCUCGGCAUGGCCGGUGCUACAGGCAUGAGCAGGACCAACAGCUUGCAGAUGAUGAGCAACAUGGGCGGCCAAGGCUCUCCACGCCAGCCAAGCUCACGCGGCGGUCGUGGUGGCAGCAAAGGCGGCGACCGACAACACAGCAAGCGUCAAGACCAUGAUCAGGCCGCCAAGAUGCCGCUCACCGCGCACAUGGAGAUCGCGCCGUUGGAGAAGUCGACGACUGGAUGGAAGCCACCCAGUGUCUCUCAACCUGCAGCUCACAGCUCUGGCCCAGAUCCAUCUGGCAACAUGGCUCCCGACAUGGUGCAGCGCAAGGUCAAGGCUGCGCUCAACAAGAUGACGCCUGAAAAGUUUGACAAGAUUGCCGAUCAAAUUCUCGACAUCGCCGCACAAUCGAAGAAUGAGACUGAUGGCCGCACUCUGCGCCAAGUCAUUCAGCUCACAUUCGAGAAGGCUUGUGACGAGGCUCACUGGGCUGGCAUGUACGCCAAGUUCUGCUCAAAGAUGCUGACUGCCAUGAGCUCAGACAUUCGCGACGAGACCAUCAAGGACAAGAACGGCAAUGCGGUCGUCGGUGGUGCGCUCUUCCGCAAGUACCUGCUCAAUCGCUGUCAAGAGGAGUUCGAGCGUGGUUGGGAGGCCAAUUUGCCAGACAAGCCGGAGGGCGAGACCCAGGAGGCUGCUCUUCUUUCCGACGAAUACUACAUCGCCGCUGCUGCCAAACGUCGUGGUCUUGGUCUGAUUCAAUUCAUCGGCCAGCUCUACAAGCUUAGAAUGCUGACGCUUCGCAUCAUGCACGAAUGUGUUAUGCGUCUUCUCAACUUCGAGGGCGAGCCGGAUGAGUCUGCCAUCGAGAACUUGGUCACCCUGCUCAAGGCGGUCGGUGGAUCCAUGGAGGAAGAAGAGAAGGGUGAAGGUCUGCUCAACACAUACUUCGAGCGCAUCGACACCGUCAUCCUCAAGAAUGCGAACCUGCCCAGCAGACCGCGAUUCAUGGUCAUGGAUCUUCUCGACCUGCGCAAAGCUGGCUGGAAGGGCAAGGACGAUGCCAAGGGCCCCAAGACCAUCACGCAGAUCCACGAGGAAGCUGAGGCAGCCCAGGCGAAGGCUGAGGCCGAGCGCCAGAGGACCAGCAACCGUGGUGGCGGACGCAUGGGACAGGGACGUGGCGACGCCCGUAACUUCUCCGGCGGCAUGCCACCACCAGUGGAUUACUCACGUACCACAGUCGGCAUGGAUGAUCUGCGGAGACUCCAGGCUCGUGGCACUCAGCGUGCUACUGGAGGCGGUCUCGGACCAGGUGGCGGACUUGGACCGUCCAGCCUUGGACCUCGUACCGGCAGCAGCAGACGUGGUGCCGCUGGCAUCGGACCAGGCUCUGGCAACACUACGCGUACCAACACGCCGCCCGUCGACGGCAAAAAAGACGAACCAAGCACGCAGCAGAAUGCUUUCAGCGCACUUGCCGCCCUCGACCCAUCUGGCGAAGUCACCAACAACGACGAGUCCGAGAAGCCCGAGACUGAAGCCGAAGCUCCCGCCGCUGCUGAGAAAGAAGAGACAACCGCAUGAGAUACCCCAUUACGCUUCGUCGGCUGUAUUGUAUAACUUGGAACUUCAGUAAUCUUUCAACGCAUUGUCUUAGCAGCACCGGGCUCGCGAACGGGUCUUCACAAUUAGAGCUUCCCCGAAACCGACUUCUUCUGGAGAUGCCGAAGGCCUUUCUUCUUCGGCGAGUGUGUUACAACAUGUCUGCACGACGCAAGAAAUGUGGGCUACCAUUUGGGAGAGAAUAACAAAAUGGGCAAACGGCGUUUUCUAAAAGGACCGGGAUUUGCUUGCUUUUAGAGCUCUUUCUUCUUCUGCACGUUUUCGACAGCGCUGCGACACGGUUCCCGCGAUGGUUCGACUUUGCGUUCUAUUUGCGCCUCUUUCACGCUUUCUUGGAGAUCUGGAUCCGCAUGGUACUGCAACCUCGAGGACAAAGGCUUCUUGCCAAGUUAUACGACACGUACUACCGGAUCGGACGGGCUUCACUGGCCACUUUAAUAGGUUCAAAGUAUGGGGUCUUCCUCUCGGAGGAUUUCACGCAUCGGACUGGAAGUCUUUCGAAGAUUGAGGAGAGUGGGAAGGAGCGAGUCGCUUCUGGGGCGGGCGAUGUGGAGAAGAUGAGAGGACAGUCCUCAAAGCUGAGGAGACUGCCAAGUGUGCGAUAGAUGAGACUGAGAGUGUGGCUCUUUUGGUUCGGUGCUUCUUACAGUGUGCGGAUCGGACGGUUAUGGGCUGUACAUACUUUGCUUGUAAUCUGAACUGAAACUUUCCAA